CCUGUUGGACGUGUGGGAGUCUUUUCUGAUGAUAUGCAAAUCGUGUCUUGGUAUUUCAUUCCCGUGUUGGCUACUGUGGAGCGCUGAGCGCGCUAAACCUUGGAAAUAUAUGUAUAUAUUUUUAUAGGAUAGUGAGUGCAGAUCUUGAUUGAGCUGGAAAGAAGAGGAUGUCUUGAAAAGUUGCCAGUAAAGACCUUCCCACCCACUGGUAAACCCCUUUCUGUAUAUUAUUUUAAGGAGUCAUUUUGUGAGGAAAAGGGGAAAUUGGGAAAUCUCAGACAGAGGCCUAUAAGCAGGCUCCUCCCCCCCACCCCUUCGUCAUGUCGAUUACCCUGAAGCAAGUCUUCAACAAGGACAAGACUUUCCGGCCCAAACGCAAGUUUGAGCCAGGCACGCAGCGUUUUGAGCUGCACAAGAAGGCCCAGGCCUCACUGAACUCGGGGGUGGACAUCAAGGCCGCUGUUCAGCUGCCCCAUGGGGAGGACCUCAACGACUGGGUGGCUGUGCACGUGGUGGACUUCUUUAACCGCAUCAACCUGAUCUAUGGGACCAUCUGCGAGUUCUGCACAGAGAAGAGUUGCCCCGUCAUGUCAGGGGGGCCCAGGUACGAGUACCGGUGGCAGGACGACCUGAAGUACAAAAAGCCCACUGCUCUGCCGGCCCCACAGUACAUGAAUCUCCUCAUGGACUGGAUUGAGGUGCAGAUCAACAAUGAGGAGAUCUUCCCCACUAGCAUAGGCAUUCCUUUUCCAAAGAAUUUCAUUCAGAUCUGCAAGAAGAUCGUGUGCCGACUUUUCCGUGUCUUCGUUCACGUCUACAUUCACCAUUUUGACCGCAUCAUUCUCAUGGGUGCAGAGGCACACGUCAACACCUGUUACAAGCACUUUUAUUACUUUGGGACCGAACUCAACCUUAUAGACCGCAAGGAGUUAGAACCCUUGAAAGAGAUGACAUUGCAGAUGUGUCACUGAAGACCAGCUUGUGAAUAAAAGACAAUGAAUUUGAAACAUUCCACCUUUCUACAGAGGUGAACCAGAGAGAGAGAGAGAUAUCCCACUACACUGUUCAAUCUAACUUUCCAUCUACGACAACACCAGCGGAAGCAUUUAAAAACAGCAGCAGAAUUUAUUCACAGUGCAUUAUGGCUACACCUCAGAAAUAGAGAAAUGGUUUCUGUUCUGUUUUAUUUAGUAGAGCAUGAGCUAUGCAGGUACCACAAAGAGACCAAGUCUGUGUCUUAACUGUAUAUCAGACAUAUUUCAUAGUCUCUUACCUCUAAUCCAAUCAAUGCCUUGUCGACUUUGGGACACAUGUGCCUUGCAAAUAGCAGGAACAGCAGGUUUAGCAGAGAUACUGUUUUUCUCCCAUUCAUAUUUGAAGGUGUAAUACUGAAGGGGCCCACUGCAUUCAUCUGGUUACAUGUAAGAUAUUAUGAAAUACAGUAUGUUACCUAGGAAUGAAAAUCUACCUUCCUAGAAAGACCUAGGGGUAAUUUUGACCCUUACUGUGUUUUCUAUGUUAUAGUUAAAACACCAGUACCAUUGUUGAUAAUAUAGUUUUCUACUACUGCCUCUUAUUUUAGUUCAAAACAGA